GGUCCCCCACAGGAAGGGGUGAUGUGGGGUGGGCAGCGGCUAACUAACCCUGCAGCGCAAUGGAGGCCGGCCUGUCCUGCCUGCUGCUGCUGGCCCUCGGGGCACCCUCAGCAGGAGGUGGCUGGUCGGAGGCCCAGAUCAUCGGGGGACACGAGGCCGCCCCCCACUCCCACCCGUACAUGGCUUCCCUGCAGAAAUCUGGCAGCCACCUGUGUGGGGCUGCCCUGGUGCACCCACGGUGGGUGCUGACAGCUGCCCACUGCCUGGGCUCACGGACAGACAGACUGAGGCUGGUACUUGGGCUGCACCAGCUGGACGGCCCCGGCCUGCCCUUCCGCAUCAAGGCGGUGGUCACGCACCCCUACUACAAGCCGGCCCCCGACCUGGAGAACGACCUGGCACUGCUCCAGCUGGACGGGAAGGUCAAGUCCACCAGGACCAUCCGGGCCCUGGCCUUGCCCAGAGGCCGCCGGGCAGUGGCGACAGGAGUGCGGUGCAGCAUGGCGGGCUGGGGGCUGACCCAGCGGGGCGGGCGGCUGGCCCGGGCGCUGCAGGAGCUGGACCUGCGUGUGCUGGACACCCGCAUGUGCAACAACAGCCGCUUCUGGCACGGCAGGCUCCCCGGCGACUCGGGCGGGCCAGUGGUGUGUGGCCAUGGUGGCGUGGCCGGAAUCCUGUCCUUCAGCUCCAAGUCUUGCACCGACGUCUUCAAGCCUCCCGUGGCCACGGCCGUGGCUCCCUACGUGCCUUGGAUCAAGAAGGUCAUCGGCCGCUGGCAUCCGGGCGUGUCUGCAGCCCCAGCACAUGAGUCCGUGGUGUUGAACGGGUUCCCGAGGUCCUGCGACUUCAGCUUCUCCCCUCAGAGCAGCCCCGUCCCCAGCCCUGCACCCACGAGCCCCUCCCUGUCCCCGUAA